UCUUAACAUCAGAAAAGGAUUUUAGUCUAACAUUUAGGGAUUUGCAAUUUCUAGGGAUUUUUCUCUUUAAUCUUUCAUUUUAACAAAUUAGUUUCUCAUCCAUCUAAUCCAUUUUUAUUUUCGAUUUUAACAAACGAAAAGGAACUCGUUACUCAUCAAUGUCAACUCCCCCUCCUCCCACCACCACCACUCCAAACGGCCGAUCCUCUCGAGUUUUCAGCGAAUCCGACGAAAUCCAGAUCCUCAAAUGUUUAGUCAGAGCCACCAAAUCCAUUUCUCCGCCAAUCACAACCGUGGGCACCCCAACAAUCAAUCGCAUCAUCAAGCGUCUCAACGACAAGUUCUCCCCUUCCCAAAUCAACGACAAGCUCCGUAGACUGCGAGACAAGUACCACAAGCAUGCAAGAAACAAGUCUCUGGUAAGAACCCACCACGACCGAAGGAUAUUCAAGCUUUCUAAAAGAAUCUGGGGCAAGAAGACAAUACCCAGAAAGAAGAAGAAUGAAAUGGGAAGUGAAAAGGAAGACGGGGUUAAGAAUUUGGCGAAUUUCCGUUACCUGGUGGCUGAGUUUUCGAGGGUUUUGCCUGGGAAUGAGGUUUGGAAAGAGAAGAUGAUGGGAAUGGGAGAGGAUAAGUUGAGGAAGAUGGAUCAAGAAUGGGUUUUUCUCAAGGUUGAAGAAGCUAAAUUGGUGGCUAGGAAAGCUGAGUUAAUACAGCAGCAGAUUAUGGAGGUAAUGGGGGAAACUGGGUCUGCAAAUGGGGUAUAGUUAGCUUCUUACUCUCUUUUAUCCAUUGUUUUUUAUGGCCAUGGAUGUUUGAACUGCAAAACGAGGAACAGAUAUAGAAUAUCAAGCAAUGUUUACAAUGAUUAAUUAUGCA